AUGCAAUUAUUUAAUUUCAAAAGUGGCUACGGUACAUUAGAAGAACUCCUAGAAGUCAUCACUUGGGCUCAACUUGGAAUUCACGACAAACCAGUAGGUCUGCUUAAUGUAGAUGGGUACUACAACUCACUGCUGUCUUUUAUAGACAAAGCUGUUGAUGAGGGUUUUGUUACACCCUCUGCCCGUCAUAUAAUUGUCUCUGCCCCAACUGCCCAUGAACUUAUGUCCAAACUUGAGGAUUAUGUUCCGAAACAUAAUGGAGUCGCGUCGAAACUGAGUUGGGAGAUGGAGCGACAAUUAGGUUACACGGCAAAACUAGAAAUAGCUCGUUAG